AUGGCCUCUACUACCGCCGUUUCAAGCAGUGCUUUGCGGCGUCAUCCUGCUAGCCUUUUGCCUCGCAUUGUGCACAACCCAGCCAUCACGGAUUUGAUUCGCUAUCCAGUGUCUCGUGAAAUGGUGAAUUACAUUGCGAAAAAGGCCACGGAGGUGAUCCAAUGUUCAACAACUGACACGAAGAGUGAUAGUGCAACCGCUGCUCGUCUACAAAACCUGCCGAGCUUGGAAGCCUUUAUCAUGAUGCUUGUGGAGAAAAGCAAUGUCCAGGUGCCAACGCUGUUGAGCACGCUUGUGUACCUGGACCGCCUCAAGCACCGCUUGCCACGCGUAGCAAAGGGAAUGCCUUGCACACGUCACCGUGUAUUCCUUGCUGCAUUGAUUGUUGCAGCCAAGUAUCUUAACGAUUCGUCGCCGAAGAACAAACAUUGGACAAGGUAUUGUGUCUUUUUUUCCCAAGCAGAGGUAAACUUGAUGGAGAAACAGCUUUUGUACCUGCUGGAUUAUGAUUUGCGCAUUGAAGAGGAUGAGAUUAUGUUCCACUUCAGUCCCUUUUUCCGCCGGUUUGAGACUAGGGCCGACGCUGGUCGUCGGGAGAUGUUCUUGCGAGGCUGUGAGGCUGGACGCGAAUGCGAGAGAUACGCUCGUGCAUCUGAGCGACGUAUUGUACUCCGCAACCUUCCUACCACACAGGUACCCUCCUCGAAUGGUCAACAAUCCAAGAGCGCACCAAGCACUCCAAAGCGGGUUGUGCCUCCCAAAUCAGAAAAGCGGCCAUCUGUUUCCCUCCUUACUCCCACUGCUACUCUCAAGUCAAUGACCCUUCACGUGCGUAACUCCGAAACAACUCGCUCCACGUCUUCGAUCUCAGAAGCUGAACUCACAGAUGACAAUGGCUCAGCUACGUCAUCACCAGAAGAAGCUCAUGACUAUGAAGACGAUCGGUACUAUUCUACUGUGCAGCUUGUGGAACAACUGAGAGUGGGCCCGAAUAUGCAACGUUCCGAAUCUGUGCCCAUGGUUACUUCUAUGGACCAGCAACAACUUACACCAAAUCGCAUAAUGAUAACACCUGGCGCUUACCCAACGCAUCCAGCUGAUAAAAGCAACUCGUUCAGUGACUCUCGUACAUUAGAGUCAACACCUGUUCGUCAAGGCAAGACCACCCGUGCUAUUCAAGUGGCAUCGGAUGGUAUGCAACGCUAUUUAUCAAAUGUGAUUCCCAAUGGUCUUAGAAGGACGAACUCGCGUAUUACAUUGCGGCCAUCCACAAACUAUGCCCAGUAG